GGGUUUUUUUACACUCGGGUCACGGUGGUGUUGUGUAUAUCUUCUCAGUCAGACGCUGAAUUUAGCUUUUGAAAAGUUAGAGACCAAGUCCAUUGCAGGGACAAAGAGGCAACUGCUAAAUUAUAACUCACAUUCAGCAUAAUGGAAUCAAAGAAAACAACACUUAAGUGGCUCCUCCCAUCAGUCAGUCACACGGUGGUUAUUCUCAUUGUCAUCCUGCCAGCUUUCUGCAGCGCAAAUGUAGUGAACUGCUCCCAGUCGGACCAGCCGGGCCUCCUGGUGGCUCUGUCCCCUGCCUUCAACCUUAGAGCCAUUCGGCCCGUAGAAAACCAACAAACCUACACCAACGUCAGCAUUUACUUCACUCUCUAUGGGAUUUUAGGAGUGGAUGAAAAGUCUCAACUCCUGGUCACUUAUAUUUGGCUCGUCUAUUGGUGGAAGAAUGACUUCAUCAGUUGGGACCCAGACCAGUGUGGCUCAGACAGGAUUGCUCUACCAAAGGAAAAGUUUUGGGUUCCAGAUAUUGUGAUAAAUGAAUUCAUGGAGGAAAACAAAGCACCAUCCGUCCCAUACGUGUACCUCUUUAACGACGGUAAAGUGAGGAACGGAUUUCCUGUCAGAGUUGUGAGCUCCUGUAACCUCAACAUCUACACCUUCCCGUUUGACACACAGAAGUGCUCCCUGACUUUCAACUCCUACAUCUACUACGCUAUUGAGGUCAGGGUUUUCCUCGGACGAGACCCAGAGGCGAUCACCAAUCUGUCCAAGCAAGUGAUGACCACCAUGGGUGAAUGGGAGCUGCUGGACAUUACUGCCCAAAAACUUGUCAAUGAUGAAGAGUCUGUUCUUUAUGUCGACAAGCUUACAUUCUAUAUCCGGUUGCGGCGCCGUGCAACCAAGUAUGUGGUGAAUCUGCUGCUCCCCAGCUGCUUCCUCAUCGCAGUGGAUCUCUUGAGCUUCCUCCUGCCUCCUCAGAGCACCGACAGAUCCUCCUUUAAGAUGACCCUCAUCCUGGGUUACACGGUCUUCCUGCUCAUGAUGAGUGACCUGCUUCCAGUCACUGGAAACACCAUACCGCUAAUAAAUGUGUUCUUCUCUCUCUGUCUGGGUUUAAUGGUGGCCAGUCUUCUGGAGACCAUCUUCAUCACCAACCUAUUGAGCAACUCCUCUAAACUGUCCCCCGUCCCUCGAUGGAUUCGGAUGCUUAUUCUGAAUUUUUUUGGCUGUCUUGUUUGCAUGCCCCGAAAGGCUAAGAAAUCAAAGAAUUCAGGACAACAGAAUGCUGUGGUGCUCAAAUGUGGAUCCAAUGAGGGGCCUUCAGGGACAGCAGGAUCAGCUGAUCAGGAUGAGGCCCUUCAGGAGCUGAGGAGCCUGAACAACGUUUUGAUGGCCAUCCGCUCUGAGGUGGAGCAGCAGCACAAUGGCAGCCAGAGCUCAGAGGAGUGGAUGCAGUGCUGCCCGCUGAAAGUCAAGCCUUCUCAGCAGCUAUUCUUCCUCAUCUCUCUGCUGACACUUGCUCCAUUCAGCUCAGCUGUUCUGAACUGCUCUCAGCCAACUCCAGCCUCACUGCUCAGGUCCCUUGAGCCGGUGUUUGAACUGAAAUCUCUUCGACCUGUGAUAAAUAUCUCAGUCCCGACCCGAGUUGGAAUUCAAUUUACCCUCUUUGGCAUUUUGGGAGUGGAUGAGAAGAGCCAGGUUCUAACAACUUUCAUAUGGGAAACUCUAGAGUGGAAAAACGAAUUUACGUCGUGGGACCCAGUGGAGUGUGGUCUUGAAUGGAUUGCAAUUGCAAGAGACCUGCUCUGGGUACCAGAUAUCGUCAUCAACGAGUUCAUGGAGAAGAACUCAGCUCCAGAAGUCCCAUACACCUACCUGCGCUAUGAUGGUCUGGUAUACGAUGCAAAGCCCGUCCGAGUCGUUAGCUCCUGCAGUCUCAACAUCUAUCUGUUUCCCUUUGAUGUUCAAAACUGCACUUUCACCUUCAACUCCUACAUACACCGCAGCAGUGCUAUACAACUGGAACUUCUAGGCACAUAUGAGCAAAUCUUUCAGGCGUCCAAAGAAGAAAUGGCAACACAGGGCGAAUGGCAGCUCGUGGGAAUAAAAUCAGAAAGAGUAGUAAUACCAACCUUGGAGGGGUACAGUUAUGACGAGCUUCGCUUCUUUGUUGCUGUGAAGCGCCACUCUACCAUGUAUGUGGUGAACCUUCUGAUCCCCAGCUGUUUCCUCAUUACUGUGGAUCUCUUCAGCUUCAUGUUGCCUGUUCAAAACGUUGACCGGUCCUUGUUCAAGAUGACUCUGGUUCUGGGCUACACUGUCUUCCUGCUCAGCACCAAUGACCUGCUUCCUAUCACUGGAAACACCAUACCUCUUAUCAAUGUGUUUCUGUCUCUCUGCCUGACCCUGAUGGUUACAAGUCUCAUGGAGACCAUCUUCAUCACCAAUCUUCAGCGGGGCUCGGCUCACUACACUCCACCUCCUCGCUGGAUCAAGGGGUUUAUUCUUAACUUCCUGGGACGUUUUGCAGGGAUUCCACCCAAGCCUGAACCUGAAAAAGAUCUGGUGAUAAAGAAUCCUGAUGCACAAGAAAAUUUCUCUCCAGUGUCAAAAGAGAAUGACACCAUUGAGAGAAAGGGGACGCAAAAGGAGCAUGAGACCCUGCAGGUUCUGAAGAACCUGAGCAGGGAUCUCCAGGCCAUCCACCAUCAUGUGAUUCUACAGCUGAAGGGAAGUCCGAGCUCAGAGGAGUGGAUCCAGAUUGGCCUGGUCAUCGACCGUCUGCUCUUCAUCUUCUACAUCUUCUUCAUCACAGUCAGCUUUAUUUCUAUCAUCAUUAUCUGGGUCACCUCAUAUAACUCAGUAUAACUUUGACUUUAAAUUGCAGCAAAUUUAUGAAAUAUAUCAUUUUCUUUAACGCCUUUGGUGUUUUUUGCUUCAGAAGUCAAUCAACUUUUUUUAGAGCAAACAAACUCAUUUAGUUGCACAAUCCAUCAACCAGCCUCUCCUUCUCCAGACUUGAAAUUCUUUAUAUUUUUGGUCAAUCUUUUCACCUAUGCUAGAUUUUAAAGUGUUGUU